AACCGCGCCUACGCCACCUCGCAGCUGUCGGACCUCGUCACAAAACUGCGCUCCACCGACCAGUCUGUCGCGCACCGCUGCAACAUUGGCCACCUCUCGCCCCUCAUCGUCCAGCUCCGCCAGCACCUCACCACCUCCAAGGGUGCGGGCUCGGGCUCGGGCUCGGGCGCGGGCUCGGGCUUGGCGGGCGCGGGCGCGAGCGACGGCGCGGGCGGCCUCGCGACGCCCUCGUCGGCGGCGGGCAAGGGCAAGGCGCGCGCCGACGACCAGGACGCUCCCGCUCCCGACUCGUCCUCCUCGGCGGCGGCGGCGGCGCAGCAGCAGCAGCAGCAGGCCAAGAAAGACCUCGUUGCCAAGCUCGGCGAGACGCAGCUCGCGCGCGUCGUGCGCGACGCGACAAAGCUCAGCAGCGAGGCGAGCCACGCGCUCGUUGGAGCGCUCGUCAAGGACGCGCUGUUCAACGGAGGGAGGCUGGCGGCUGCUGGGGCGGGUGCGGGUGCGGGUGCGGGUGCGGGUGCGGGUGCGGGAGGAGGAGGAGCGGGAGGUGGAGGAGCGGGAGGUGGAGCGGCCGAGCGCGAGGGCGGGCUCAAGCUGCCGCCGGUCGUGCUCUGA